CUCAUACCCCUCCUCCCCUGGACCCUGCCCCCUUGUAUACCUGUAUUUAACAAGUCAUCAAGAUUUCAUAGGCUUUUUACAGCAAGUUUACAGAGGAAGACAUUCUGGGAUAAGAAAAUGCAGGAAAAUAAGCAUUUAACAGGGACCCUGAUUUUUGCAGUCUUCACAGCAGUGCUGGGCUCCCUGCAGUAUGGUUAUGGAAUUGGGGUCAUUAAUGCUCCGCAAAAGAUAGUAGAGAGACACUAUGCCAGGGUACUGGAACUAGAUUAUCCUGAAAAAAAUGAAACUGAAAAAGAAGAACCUCCGGCUCCAGCUACUGUCACCAUGUACUGGUCUCUCUCUGUAUCCAUAUUCUCCCUGGGAGGAAUGGUAUCUUCAUUCUUUGUGGGAUGGAUAGCAGAUAAACUAGGAAGGAUUAAGGCCAUGAUGACUGUAAAUAUUCUAGCAAUCAUUGGGGCUCUUCUUAUGGGAUUAUCCCCAUUAGGACAAGCACAUGCCCUUGUUAUUGCUGGAAGAUUAAUCACUGGUCUUUACUGUGGGCUGGCAUCAGGUCUUGUACCAAUCUAUGUGGGAGAAAUCUCUCCAACAGCCCUUCGAGGAGCUUUGGGAACAAUGCACCAACUGGCUAUUGUCACAGGAAUUCUAAUUAGUCAGGUAGUUGGACUAGAGUUUAUUCUGGGUAGUAAAACGCUAUGGCCUGUGCUGCUUGGUAUUUCUGGCAUUCCCGCUAUCAUUCAGAUCAUUCUACUGUUCUUUUGCCCUGAAAGCCCGAGAUAUUUAUUCAUCAAACUAGGAAAGGAGGAGGCAGCUAAAAAAAUUUUGAUAAGACUUAGGGGGAAUUAUGACCCAACAAAGGACAUAGCAGAAAUGAGGAAAGAGAAGGAAGAAGCUGCCAGUGAGAAGAAAGUUUCAAUUAUCCAACUGUUUAAAUCACCCAAUUACAGACAGCCCCUACUUGUUUCUCUGGUACUUCACAUUUCCCAGCAAUUUUCUGGAAUCAAUGGAAUAUUUUACUACUCCACAAGUAUUUUUUCAAAAUCUGGAAUCAGCCAACCAGUCUAUGCAACAAUUGGAGUUGGUGUUGUGAACACAAUCUUUACUAUUGUUUCGGUAUUCUUAGUAGAAAAGGCUGGAAGACGGUCUCUGUAUCUGAUUGGCUUGGGAGGCAUGUGUAUAUGUGCAAUCGUCAUGACAAUUGCCCUGGCUUUGCUGUCUCACCAUAGUUGGAUGAGUUAUCUGAGCAUGGUUGCCAUCUUUCUCUUUGUGGUCUUCUUUGAAGUUGGUCCAGGACCUAUACCUUGGUUCAUUGUAGCUGAACUGUUUAGUCAAGGCCCUCGUCCGGCAGCUAUGGCAGUAUCUGGGUGCUGCAACUGGACCUGCAACUUUAUCAUCGGGAUGUGUUUUCAGUAUAUAGCGGAUUUGUGUGGGCCCUACGUGUUCAUUAUUUUUGCUAUCUUGCUUUUUGGCUUCUUCAUGUUUACGUACUUUAAAGUCCCUGAGACCAAAGGGAAGUCUUUUGAGGAGAUUUCUGCUGAGUUCCGGAGAAAGAAACAUUCCCCUCGUAAAGGACUUAAAGUUACUGAAAUGGAAUAUUUGGGAACAAGUAGUGAAUCUUAAACUGCAAGAGCAUUUUACAGGAAGAGUAACAGAAAUACAAGCUCUUACAUUACAUUUCACACAAACCUAUAUGAAUAACAGGGUAAAUACAGACAUGAACCUUUUUUUAUAGAUACUUAUUUUUAUAAAGGUAAACUUCAGAUGACUUUGUGUAUUUAUGAUUAUGUGAAUUCAUGGUUGUAAAAUACAGGUAAAUGAUUCAUUCAGGUAGAACUUUGUUUUGACAGUGUUAAAAAAAUGUGUCCAGCGAGAAUCCUGUCAGUACAGGAUUCUUUGCAUUGCUUUGGUAUGGUAACCAGAACAACUAACAUUUCCUUUACAUGUUGACUUGCAUUUGCUUCUAUUGUUUUACAAGGAGGUGCUUAGGCAUUAACCAUGCCAAUACCAGAGCAAGCAGGCCUCUGCCACUAGUGGAAAAAAAGAUGCUGCAAUAAGAUCUAUUGCUAUAUAUUGCACAUGAGCAGUAGAAACAAAAUUGUGUAUCAUAGUGUUACAAAAAAAAAUGAAUGUUUAUUUUGCUGUUGACUGAGUAAGUUUGAGAAAUACUAUUUCAAAUGCUAUGGCCAAAUGUAUGAGAUUACUAAAUGAAGGAAGCUGUUCACAAGAAUGCAUUGAAAGUCGCUUAUAGAACAUAGGUUAUGCAAUGAGUGUCUUACCCCAAAUGUAUUAUUAUUAUUAUUAUUAUUAUUAUUAUUAAUAUUUUUUUAAUAUCCCUUAUAUAUUCUCUGGACCAACUGUGGUUUAUUUAACUGUAGAAAUCCUGUCAUCAUUAAAGUGACAUGGUAUUUAGAAAAUAAACAGCUUUAAAUGUAUAGAGUUGUUUAUUUUCUGCCAAACCACCUGCGUAAAAAGUUGAUUACAUGUUAGGCAAUCAUGUAAGUUUACAAAUCAUACUCUUCAUCAGCCUUGAUAGGCUUCUGUUGCAGCUUAUCAAGUCAAUGCAGCUGUGAGCGUGUACACGCAACCUGUAAGCUUUAUCAUGCACACUCAGGGCACAGAUGGAGUUGUUUUAUAACCUUAUUUUUUUAAUUUGUCUCCAUGAUGGACAUCUGGUGGAACAGAGCUUGCACAAGACCCUCAGAGGCAUCUCAUUCGACAACCAGCUUUUCCAUAAAAGGAUUAUUUUUUCUCUUGGGCAUUAGAUUUUUUUUUUAAAUCUAUUUUGAAUUUAUGCUUUAAAACUGCUGUAAAGUUCCUCAGCGUCCCUGAGUCUGGACAGCUAAGUCUUCUAUUAAAUAAACUCUACUUACAGCCCUAUGGACUGUGCAAGUGCUAAGUGCAGUUGAAAUCAUUAUUCAGCAAUGUCAGUUGUAUGCAGAAGAUUUAUUUAGAAACCCUUUAACUUCUUCAUUUUAGUUAAAGGGACAUUGAAGUCAUUUUAAUAUUUAUGCAUAGUAUAAAUCAGCAAUUAAGCAUGGCAUUGUAAAAGAUCUAAAUAGAUUAUUAUUUUUUUUAAACAUUUAAAAAUGAAAUUUGAGGGAAAAUCUGCCUCAACAGUCCGGGGACAACCCCCUUGAAAAGCCUUUUGAGUAUGAAUAUCUUAUCUCCUUUGGUUUGUCCAAUUAGGAAAAUGAGUUUAUGCAUUAAACAAGCAUUCACUGUGUAUCAUGUUGAAGAGUUAGUGUUCUGAAGUCUGUAGGAUGCACUCUAGUCCCAUUUUUCAAAGUUAAAAGGAGAAAAAGAAAAGGCUCUAAUUUAUUGGGGCAUUUUCUUAUUGCACUGUUUGCUUACACUUAUAUUUAAGCCCAGCAAAGGCAUUAAACACAUAGUUAAAGUAAGUAAAUGGCAACAAAUGUUUACUAUGCAUAAAAAAACAUUGGGUAUUAAAUUGUGGAUUUACUAAUAUUUAUUAUUUGACUGGAGUAAUCUCUCUCUGUUUCAGAUAAAAAAAAAAUAAUCUUCAUUUGUUUCUUAACUUCAGAUCCUAUAAAUUUAUACAGAUUUAUUGAAAAUGCCAGCGAGAGAAAAUAGAGGUUGAAAAUAUAUUUUGCUUUGUUAUUUUAUACUAAAUAUACUGAAUUUAAAAAUAUUUUAUAUUUUUACUGUUGUACAAGCAGAGAAUAACAAUAUUUAAACAUUGCAGACAUUGUAGAUUUAUUCAUUUGUCCAGGAUAUAUUCUAAGUAUUUUGUUACCCUUUAGCUGUAUUGUUGUUUUUGUAUGUAAUCUGCAGUUUUAUAUUGAAAAAAAUAUAAAUAUAUUUGUUAUUUACAAAUGUUACAGUCAAAUACUCUAACUUUGAAUGUAAUGCAAUGAUAAUGAGCAGCGUGGGUUACAAAACUGUAUUCAUUAAAGGGACAUUGUACACUAGAUUUUUCUUUGCAUAAUCAUUUAUUUUGUAGAUGACCCAUUUAUAUAGCCUAUCUGGGGGUGCUUUUGUAAAAAUGUUUAGUUUUGCUUAUUUUUACAUAACAUUGUGCUGAUUUUCAGACUACUAACCAAGCCCCAAAGUUUUAGAUGUAUACUGAUGUCUACAGACUUCAGAUUGCUUAUGUUUCUAUAAUGUGUCUUUUCAUAUGCAGGGAGGGGGAGAGUCUGCUCUCAACCCCUUUCAGUAUGUGUCCCAGCCUAACCUCCCCAACAGUGCUAAAUAUGGAGCUUCUAAGUAAGUUUUAAAAGGUUUUAUACUGGAUUGUUAGAUCUGUGCAUAUUAUUCUUUACAUGCAGUUAAAUGAAAAUUGGUGUACACUGUCCCUUUAAAUCAACCAAACUGCAAUAUAUUUAGGCAAAUAGUGAAAGCGUUUUUAAUAAAAUAUGAAUAAAAUCUUGAA